AUGUGGCCCUCCUCCAUUGUGCGCUCCUGCCUCCUCGUCUGUGUCUGCUUGCCCGCAAUCUAUCCUGCCCUUCGUCGCCUCGAUACCAGUAAGUUGGUGUGGCCUCACUGUCUAAAUUGCUCUAUCCUGCCUCAUCUUUCGGCCGCGCAACUCUUGCCCGUUUGUGAAACUCCCACCUCCGAGGCGGCGGAACAUGUCUCCUCUCGCCGGGUCGUGUUCCCCGUUUCGGGAGUUGUCGUCAUCUUCCGCUGA